AUGGAUCUCUUUCUACAACCAAGAGGAAAGCCUGCAUCUUUAGGGCGAAAAAACCAGCUCCAUGGACCUCGACCUUCUCCUCUUAAGCUCCAGAAAGACUCCCACAAGAUCAUCAAGCCUCCCAUAAUCAUAUACACAGUCUCUCCCAAAGUCAUCCACACCAAUCCAAACGAAUUCAUGUCUCUCGUUCAACGUCUCACAGGCUUCUCAUCCACUGCUACCAAUACCAAAGCUUCUUCUUCUUCGUCUACAGACUCUCAAAUCAUCGCCUUGAAGCCAGAGAAUGAUGCAGAAGCUAUAGAAUUAUCAUCUCCUAACCUUUUCUCUCCUUCUGUCAUGGAUUUUAUGAACUCUAAUCUAUUUCAUCAUGAGCUGAGUCCUGUCUACCAUGAGAAUAAGAGCUUUAUGGAAUCUGCAUUCUUGGCUAGUCCUGGUAGCUUCUUUUGUUCUUUGUGA